GCAGCGGCGGAGCGGAGCCCGGCGGAGCCGACAGCCCGGCCCGGCCGCCGCCGACCCCCGUCGCCCCUGUCGGCCUCCUCUCGGCAGGAUGGAGGAGAGACCGGUCUGAAAAUCUGUUCCACGGUGGACUUUGCUGUGGUCUGCUAGAAUGUUCCUUAUGGAUGCUCCUCCUCUGGUAGCUCUUCAGACAAAAUGGGAGUCCUUUGGGCCAGCAAGGAAUUGUAGAUACCCCGUGUGCUUCCCUGAGUCCGACAGCAACGUCACCAGAACCUCCGUGAGCGCCAAAGUUCAGAUGAUCAUAAACAACCUGCAAAGCCAAGAGCCUGCCCUGGGUAUGAACAAUGAGUGUGGCUGUGUUGUGCAGAAGAAACAGAAGGGAGAAAAAGGCAGCAGUGCCAGAGUCACAUCCAGCACCACGCUGCUGCAGAAGCAUCCUCAGUACACCCAGUGUGGGCGCCCCGAGGGUUCUGAUGGCAGCGAAGUGGAAGGGAAUGUAGAGUUUGAGACUCUGCUGCUCGAUUCUGACAGCGACGAUUCUGUGGACCGAGGGAUAGAGGAAGCCAUCCAGGAGUACUUGAAAACAAAAAGCAAAAGUGCCCAGUCGUUGCCAAGGAAUGCAGAGCGUUCUGGGAAUGUGGGCAGAGACAAAAGGUUUAAGAGGGAGUUCUCCCAGAACAAAGUGGCUAGUAACCUCCUCCCUGUGAAAUUUAAUGCCGAGAUGCUCUCUGAAGAGUACCUGUCUGACCACCUGGGAAUUGGGAAAAGAAUCCAGCCUGCUUCCCCUCAGAGCAUCAGCAGCGAUGACUCCUUUGAACAGAGCAUACAAGCUGAAAUAGUGCAGUUCUUGAAUGAGAAGAAGCAGCAAGAAAUUAGUAAAUGUGUUACCGAGGAGGAUAAAAAAGAUUCCCGUGUGAGAUCUGUCCUGAAAUGCAACAAAGAAGCAACAAACAGAACAAACUGUGGUGCUAUAAAGCAAGGUUGUAAUGCACUUCUCCUGAGACACCAUCCCAAGCUGCAGAAAUCCAGUGCCCAGUCCAAGUGUUUGCAGUCCAAAAUCCAAGCAGAGCCCAGUGAUUUCAGCCAGGUGAACCAAGCUUAUCUAGAAACGGGCACUGCCAGCCAGCCCUGGCUCGUGGAGGAGGAUGAGGGAAGUGCAGCUCAUUACUGGGAGCCAAGGGAAGCACUCAUCCAGGAGAGCAUGCACACAUCUGACUCGAGCAGUGAUGAUGGCAUUGAAGAAGCCAUCCAGCUUUACCAGCUGGAGAAAAUCAGGAAAGAGGCAGGUCAUGCAGCAAACUGUGUCCCUUUGCAGAGGGAACCAUUUGAUCCAAAGGGCAUGGCAGACAUUUCUGCCAGCCUGACAAUUAGCUCCACAAAAAGUGCCUCACCAGAAAUCCAUAAAAACCCUACAAGCAACAAGAGAAAAGAAGUUAAUUCCAAGUCAACAGGAUUAGAAAGCACCAGCAAUGACUUUAAUAAGCUGUUUAAACCACUGAAAAAAGCCAGACAUUUUGCACUUCCAGAAAACAAGAUUACUGCUUGCGAGCUCACAUUGCAGGCCUCUUGCAGAGCAGACACAUCUGCAGAACUCAUGUGUGCUGAAGCUAUCCUGGAUAUUUCCAAAACAAUCAUGCCAUCCCAAAUGGGAAGUGACAACAAAUCCCUCACUGCAGACUCCUUCUUUUCUCCCCAGCUUCUCUCCUCCUCCCGUUGUGAAAGUGACAGCAGCCUUGUGGACAGUGAUGACAGCAUAGAGCAAGAAAUCAGGGCUUUUUUGGCUCUGAAAGCACAGUCAGAGAACCUUGGAACAAAACCUCCCAGCCUGUCACGCUCCAUGCAGAUGCCUUUGCCUUCUGAUCCAAACAGCCUCACCGGGAGCCUUGAGCCUGCUCUGCCCAAAACACUGAAAUUAUCCCUGAGUCGGAAAAGGAGACUUAAAAGGGAAGGCAGAACAGCAAAACAAGGGGGGUCAAAAGUACCUGAGCAGCUGGAGACAGGACUUGUGCAGCCAGGUCACCAUUCCAAAUUCCCAGUGCUCCAGGAGGAGCCAGCCCCGAGGAGCCCCACGGAACUCCGGGAUGCUCAGAGCAAUAAAGACCCGAGGCAGCAGCAGCUGAUGUCUCCCAAACUGUCUGGCUCUGAUGGCAGCAGAUGUGUGCCCUUGGACUCUGUAAACCCUUUUCUGCAGGUUCAGAGUAGCACAAAAAAACCUGUCAAAAACCCCAUCCAGACCCCAGAGAGGGAGGGGUCGGGUGAUGAGAGCAGCUCUCUGGACAGUGAUGAGGACCUGGAUAGUGCCAUCAAGGACCUGUUACAGUCUAAAAGGAAGUUAAAGAAGAAAUCCAAGGACCAGAAAGCUCAGUGCAAGAAGAAAGUCAGAUUCAGUGAGACAGAAACUCAGCUGCUGGAUGAGUUCAGUGGCCUCCAACAAAACGAGUGGAAAUGUAAAAAUCCCUCACUGCUAAAAAGCUGCCUCUCAAAACCUAGGAAAGCUGUGAGGGAGAAUGCAGUCAGGAACCCUCCAGACAACAUCAAACUUCCCAAUGACAAGCCAGAAACCAUGAAAAACUUGGAAUCUAACUUACAGCUUAAAAAAGGCAAUAAACCUAAACCAGUUUCAAACCAGCGGGGGGCUAAAAAUAGGAAAUGUGCUUUCCCAGCUGUGUCAGAUGCCAGUGACAGCAGCUCAGUGGACAGUGAUGACAGCAUUGAGCAGGAAAUCAGGAGGUUUUUGGCAGAAAAGGCUAAAGACUCUGCAAGCAAUUCAGAGAUGCAAAAAGGUGAUGCAAGUCUGGACCUACUUAGAGCGACCAAACAAACUGGUAAUAAAGGAAAAGCAAAGCAGCAGCCGGUGGAAAACGAGAUUGACCUGGUGCUGGGUCAGAGUAGAAAGACUGAGGCAGCUCAGCAAACUGAGGAGGUGAAGAACUCUCAGAGAACAGAAGGGAAAAGUGCAAUGUUAGCUGGCAGUGGAAAAUGUGCUUCCUCUGCAGAGAAUGUUCCUACUACUGGUCAGUCAAAAGCUAAGCAAGGACUGGGGGGGGUCAGAGGUGGUGCUGCUGAGGAGUUACCUGGGAGUGCAACAGGUAAAAGGAAUGUCCAUAACACAGAGCCCCCAAAACCCAGCAGAAAUGAAGGGUGUAAAGUGAGAAAAGUCAUGAAUGCAAAGCCCAGAUCUAAGAGGAAGAAUACCUUCCAACUAAAAAUCUCAAGUAAAUUUAUUGCAGGUCUGAAAUAUGCCCGGGACAGGAAGAAAUCGAUGCUUUUGAACAAAAAGCAGAAAGCAGAGUGUUUGCUCAGCCAGAGCAGUGCCUUGGGAAUGGAAACAGCUUCCCAGGACACAGAUGUACUUAACCCCUUGCCAAAAGGGGAAAUUACACCAGCAAUAAAAGAACCCAGUUCUUCUCAGAAACUCAUUGUGGGAGGGGCGAGUCCCCAUGUAGCAGAAAGCUGUGCAGGAGCUGGGUGUGUCCAGGAGGCAGCUGAGGGUUGCAGGAAGGCUGAUGCUCCAGGGGAUCAGUCCCAGUGCAGCCUGCCCUCACAGGAAUGGAGUGUGGCCGCAGGAAAAGCUGAUAAGGUUGGCAGAGGAGCCUCCAGAGCUGAGAACACCCAGAUGUGGAUCAAGGAAGGAGAUAUCCACCAAGGCAGCUGGGCUGACCCCACUGCAGAUCCCCCACACCCUGAGUGCAGUGUGGGAAAAGCAGAUAAAGCCAGCAGAGAGCCAGCUCAGCACAGUGCUCGGGUGGACAGUAAGGGAGGGAAUAACCAGCUGGACAAGAGGCCAGAUCCGAGUUUAGCUUGCCCAAGGCAUGAAUUCCAUGUGACAGCAGCAGCAGUGCAUGAUAGUGGAGGAGCACGUGCAGAUAACAGUGUGCAGAUGUGCAUUAAGGAAGAAAAAGCUGACAGGCAGGGAGAAAUUCAGGUAUCCAGCUCCAAAAUGGAAGGAAAAAUACCUGUCCUGCAGAACAGGGAAGCUGCUAGUGAAGUACACCAAGGACAGGAAUUUUUAACCAAAACCUGUGCAAAAUUUACUGACCUACCUGCAGGGGAUUGCCCAGGUUCCCUCUUGGGAAAAAAGGUUUCAAAUAUAACUUCUCAGCCAAACCACCACUUGGCAUCACUUUGUUUCUCAGUCACUUGAGGAGUCUUCCUCCAGGCUGGCCUUAAACUUGCAAAACGGAGCAAAAGCAGCCAGGACUGGAUCCAGAGCCCCGUGGUGUCCCUGGUGUGAUGCAGAAUGUGGGCAAAAUACGGUGUAGCAUAGAGUAGUGACUGUGGCAUGUAGAGAAAUAAACAUCUUGGUGUGUUCAUGCUGUCGUGCAGCUGCGUUUGAAACAUGUUCCUAGUGCUCACUUGGCAUUUCUGACUGUCCAGCCACCUUUCUGUAGCCCUGGGGUUGGUUGGCCGGGUUGUUUAAAGGUCAGUGUGUUAAUUCAUCUCCAUUUUGUGGUAGGAUACCUUGGAAAAGUGUUUUUUCCUUAGCUCAGUGCCUGCACUCCCUCUCCACAGGUUUAUCUUUUGCUCUGCCUUGAUUCCGUUGCAGGAUUUGAGCCUUUUGUUUGGAAUAGGUCAAUAGGCUGGUAUUUUAAACUAGAAGUUUUCCAAGUACCUUGCUUUAAAAGGAUUAAACUGUAUACUUAAUUUUCCUAGAGAUGUUGGAAGCACUCUGUACUGUUUGUAUAAAAAGCUGAAUGUUUCUUCUCAAAAGUUUUCAGUAAAUCCACAUUAAGACUUCAAAGGUGUCUCGUGCCCCUGUUGCUGUGUCUGUGUCCUCAGUACCACUCGUGACCUGAUCCACUCCCAGUUAAAAUGCAAUUCCAGUUACCUUGUGCUUUAAAUAAAACCUGAUUUCAAACAGCACUUUUUUAUUUUAAUUGAUGAACUUGAUUUGUAUAUAGGAACUGGUGUACAUUGCUGAGUUUCUAAUGUUUAAUAAAUGGGGUUCUGCCCAUGGACCGU